UAUCGUGAUCAGUUAUCACUGAUCCGUCCUGGCCAGUUUCUGUGGACACCCUAUGCAGACUGUAUCCUCCCUGAGUACUGCAUUGAUUCGACUGCAUCCUACUUGUGCGAUACUUAUUUGGUGUGCUGGUCAUUUGUCGAGGCACACGAGGCUGGACGCGUUUCCCGACAAUUUAACCGCUACCAGCGUAUUCCUCAGUACUGUGAUAGGAUGCUACAUAGCUCCGGCCAUUUGAGUAAAAGUCAUCGCCGUGGGAGGAAGGGCGCUGAUUGGGCUAAGGUACAUAAGUUCUUCAUUGAUGAAUGGGACUUGCGCCACGACAGGUUCCAAGCAACUUUUGACCACGCAACGGCGACAAUGGAUGGUCGCAUUAAUCCGGGCUAUAUGGCGUGGUACAAUAGGAUCACCGUGUCGUACCUAGUUCAACCUGGGACACAGUCAACUGAAGGGAUGAACGAGGCAGCCUCUUCUAAUUUAUUGGCGGUUGAGACCCUUCAGGGGAUAUGGCAUUUGACCUCUGAGCAUGACACAGACCCUCGGUUACGGCAGAUUCGAGAAAUGGCUGCUUCGGCACUUCGUGCGAUGAACCAUGCUGAUGCGAUGGAGUAUCCAUCUUCUCAACGGCAAAAUGUGGUCGUGCCGCCACGCCCACCAACUUCUCUUCGUCAUGGACUGCCGGGUGUCCGGACGGGUGGGCAUGGGAUUACACGACAGCAUAGGUUGGCGCAGCAGCAGCAACCGCAACCUGAGUAUGCGGUACCAGAGCCCUUGAGUCCGGAGUACGAUCCCCCAGGAUGGUCUCAGUUGAGUGGUGCAAGCAUUGAGCCCUCGCAAUGGGGAGCACGCGCGUCAUGUGAUUCAUUCUUUGGCGGUGUGUCUGAUUGGGAUGCAUCUCAACAAGGACGUGAUACGUACUUUCAGAAUUAUCAAUUUAUGGAUCCUGUGUGGGAAGAAGAGGGUCAGAAAGAAGAGGGCCAGGAAGAAGAGGGUCCGGAAGAAGAGGGCGGGGAAGAAGAGGGCGGGGAGGAAGUUGACGAAGUAAUAUUCCGACCACCGACCGCGGGAUCCUCACGAUCAUCAAGUACGAUUGGCCGGGCUAUGCAGAAUGUAUUCAGGGGCUUUUCAACAAGGAAGAACAAAGGGAAGGCUCCGACAAAGUUCACGCCUCCAUCUAGAUAG